GAGGCACGGACAGCCCCCAACGAACGGCUUUUGGCGUGAAACUCAAAUCCCGGGCGGGAGAAGAGGAGAGAGCAGUCUGCCGAAACUGGAGGCUUAACGCCGAAACCUUUUAAAAACACACGCCUCCGCCGGGUUAACGUGUGUUUGUGAAGCGGCACCGGGGUUUAGCGAAGUGUUUCUCGGUGUGAAGAGGAGCCGGGACGGCGGCGUGUCGGUUGGCCGGGAGGGAAGUGAGCUCAGCAGAAGAUGAUCAUGAAAGGGCAGAAGCGUAAACUCUCGCAUGAGGACGUGGAGGUCUCGGACAGAAGUGGUGCCUCCUGGGAGAGCCAGCGGCAGUUUGUGUUUUACGUGUCUCUCAACAAGUAUCAGCGAGGCCAGGAGCUUCCUGAGCCCAGCCUGCGGCGCUCUGUCCUGAUCGCCAACACGCUGCGCCAGAUCAGCCUUGAGGCCGCCGAGGCCCCCCCUGUUGAUGUGGGGGUGUCGUCGCCUCCGUCACCCUGUGGUCCUGCAGCCUCACCGGUGAAGGAGAGGGAGAGCAUCGCCCCCAGGAUGGCAGCACCAAACUGUCCUGCGGCGGUCGCGGUGGCCACCUGCCCCUUGGCUGCAUCAAACCACCAGUCGGUCGCAUCAAACUCUGCACCGAGCAGAUCUCUGGCAGGCUGCUCGUCGAGUGCAGUGAAUUUUUCUCGCGACGAUGAUGAAGAAGACUGGGGGUCAAUGUCCGCCGACCCUGAUUUCUCACUCUCGGCGGCCAUCUCCUCCAUCCUCACCGCUCUGGACUCCACCAUCGAUGGACAGGCGGUUCCGCGGACGCCUCUCAGGUCCUUGGAGAACCUGACAGCACUGGCCGGGGGUCCUGAGGGAGAUGCAGCAUGGGCAAAACAGGGCGUGAAAGGUCACUGGGGUGGCAGCUGGGAGCGUCAGGAGGAGUGCAGCAUGGAAGGGAUGAGGUCCAGCUACCUUGGGGAUCUGGCGGUGGAGGAUCUGUUCCAGGAUAUAGACACGUCCCUGCUGGAGAGGGACAUGGGGGCGCUUGGCGUUCGAGGAGGGGGAGGUGUGCAUUCCAGUGGAGAUGAUCUCCUGAGGUACCUGCCUCCUCUGUCCUCUCCGUCCUCCUCUUUCUCCCUGUCGUUCAACCAGAAUCUCAAGUGCCUGCCCUCAUUCUCCUCCUUCAGCCCAUCUUCGUCUUCUCCUUCCUCCUCUCCUCUCUCCUCGCCAUCAGCUUGUCCGUUCUCCAGUCAGAGUCACACCAGAGAAGGACUCGAGCUGGAGCAUCUGAUGGAGAUUCUAGUGGAGUCCUGAUGGCCUCGAAGAAAUCCUCUAACACAGGAAGUAAACCGCCUGGCAUGGGCUGGGUCGCUGAACAAAGACUGAAGUGGACAUGAAAUGACUAAAGAGCUGUGUCUUUACUGUAGCUGUUUGGAACUGGUUUUAUAAGGCAAAGACUGGCUUGUCAGAGUUGUUAAAACUGCUCUGCCUGGUUUUAUAUUUUAUCUAAUUUCCGGAAUGGCAUAUUAUGGUCUUUAGUAAGUUUGUUAUAUAACAGAAGGCUCUAGAAAUGUUUGUAGAAACUGUAAAAAGGAUUGUUGUUUCAAGACACAAAUUGCUCCACUGGCAGGCAAACAUGAGUUGCAGCUGUGAUGCACCUUGGCAACAUUGGUUUUCUGGCAGAAAUGAAAGGUGAAUCACAGGAGAAAGCAUGUUUGAGCAGUAAGUCGUUGACAAUACUACAUGAUGAUACAAUACUACAAAAGUGUUAUUUGCCAAAAACCCUCUGUGCUGUUCUAAAAUUACUGCACAAGUGUCAAGUGGCUUUUUCAGGUCAAAGGCAGUCACAUGCUGUUGCAUCUUAAAAAAAAAACAAAAAAAAAAACAAGGGAUACAAAUGUUGCAUAAGUCUACUUUCUAAUCUAUAAUAUUUAAAGAAGAAAACUUUUCAGCCGAGCAGUAUAGGUCUUAGGCAUUACCUAAAAAUAAGUGACACUCAAGUAAUGAUAUUGUGAUGGUAUGUGUGAGCAGUUAAAUGAACAUUAUGCAGUUACCAUGUGUGUUAGUUUUACAGCUCAGCCAGUCAGAACCGAGGGCCACUUAUACCAGUUUUAUGAGACAGAGUUGAUUCAGGAAAUGUGAAGUCGCAAGGUAAUCACAGCAAGUGCAUUGAGAGAACUGCUUGGCCAGUGUAAAAUUUGUCAAAUGCAUCACAGCAGCAAGUCACCCUGCCGUCACACCUGGCCAGCUGCAGCUGCUUUAGCAGCAUCACCCAUCAGCAGCCAAUCAUGUGCAAGCAUUGCUUGGUGCUGGUGCAACAGCAGACAGCCGGCGAGGUCAAUAGGUGGACACAGGUGGGCUUGAUGUGGGUGUUCAGUGAGGGGAUCUGCUGGUGUUGAUGAGAGCUCAGAGUCUGAGGGAAGGAGAGAGAUUGAAACACUAAUGUCAACAAGUCAUAUCUUCUGUGAAGAAACCCCUGAAACCUCAUGAUCAGUGAGCUGUAAAGCAACGUGAAGACAGCUGCUCAGAGAUCAGGAAGGGCUGAUGAACCAGGUCAGAUGUUAGUCAAUAUUAAACACCUUGUUAGCUGCUGAUUAUAAUGCAGUCGUCAGGUGGCCGUGGUCCAGAACAACCAGGGUUCUGGUUUAAUUACAAAAACUAAAAAUUCUUGAAAUUGAUCUCUGUAAUUCAGCAGUCCUGCUUCCUAUCUGCUUGCUGUGAGUGAUACAGCAGUAAGUAGAGAGCACAUGAACUUCAGUAGAUGUGGAAGGAAGUUGUGUUCAUGUACCCUGUGUUAGUACUGCACAAUACUAAUCACUGAAAAGUAUACUGUAAAAGAGAACUGUUAAUGCCUGUGAACCCCGACAUCACUGAAGGCUGACAAGAUCAAGUCCUUGACUGACGCCUGGGUUGGAGCGGUGACCUCUGACCCCGGCAGCGUCAGGAUCAGCUGGACGAGCAGGUUACGCUUCAUGUGAACCACUGACGUCUGGCUUUCACUUCCAGUCACAUACAACCACUAUGCAACCGCUCUGAGCCGUGCAGCUGACCUGAUCCCGGUUGGUCGAUCACAGUGAAUGUUUCAGAUCGUCCUAUCAGGGCAAGAAAAAAACCCUUCAGUCCUCAGGCCACAUUGGCCGAUUCCAGACGGUGUUGAUUUCCACUCUGUACUGUGAGAACGUCUGUUCGCUCACCUGUAGCUCAUUUUUUGUCUGUUUCACUCGGGUCCACAUGUUUUUACUGGUUUACAUUUGAAUUAUUGCACUUUUGUUAAUAUGUAUUGUUAAGUUCUCACAUCAAGUGAGUGUGAAUUGUUUUGCUCAGUCCAUUCAGCAGAGGUAAAAUUUUAGUGUAAUUCAACCAGAUUUUUUCCCUCUAAAACAAUAUGCAGUUUCCAGUGGAGUUUUAGCAGCCUGUGUUUGAACCGUAACAGCCAGGCGUAGGUUUUGCUCCAGAAUCUAAAAAAAUCAAAAUCCACCCACUGCUGAAUAAUAGAAUGAUGGACUGAGCAAACGCUGAGAUCAACUGUUUGAGGAAGCACAUUCUGCCUGUUUGUCGGGUUUUUGUACAUUUAUAUCCUGUUAAAGGAUCGAAGUUGCUUUCUAUGCAAAGGUCCCUUCUGAAGAGCUGGACUGCAGUCUCAGACUUUAACAUAUUAGUUAACAAGAUGGGUAAUUUAACGGACGUACCAUAUGUGAGAAUUCACUGAUGUGUUUGGGGUUGUUAUAGUAAUAUACCUUGGCAGUUAUUUUAUUUUAAUUAUUUCAAAGAAUAUUUUAAUGGUUAUGUUUUGGAAUUUAGGGUGUAAAGCCCAGAUACUAUGACUUCAUGUUUUUUUUUUUUUUUAAGUCAAAGGCAUGAGAUACAUAAAAUGUCUGUUCUCCUAUGCUGAUAUUUUUAAUAAAAUGUGAAGAUAGA